AUGUUUGUUAUUUUAAUAUUAUUUCUUGAUUCUUGUUUGUCUAAUGAAAAAUCUUAUAUUGAUAUUGAAUCAUGUGAUAGUAAUCGUUGUCGAUUACCUUAUUGUUAUUGUUCAAAUCAAACAAUUCCAAAUGGAUUAACAAUACGUAAUACUCCACAAUUUAUUGCAAUAACAAUUAAUGGACCAACGGAUGAAAAAACUUAUAAUUUAUUGAAAGAAAUAUUUUUUUCAAAUAAAUAUUAUAAUCCAGAUGGUUGUCCUAUUAGUGGUACUAUUUUUCUUAAAAGUCAUAUUGAAACAAAUUAUUGUUUACUUCGAAAAAUUUUACAAUAUGGAAAUAUUGAAUUAAGUAUAACAUCAAAUUCAAGCGAAUGUCCAACUGUUGAUUGUCGUAUUAAAGAAAAAAAUGAUAAAAGUCCAUAUGUACCAUGGCGUUCAUAUCGUUUUUAUAAUGAAACAAUUGAUUAUCGUCGUACAAUUGCCAAAUUAAUUGGUAUUCAUUCAUCAUCAAUUGUUGGCUAUCGUUCACCUAAUUAUGAAAUUAAUAAUAACCAACUUCAUUGGCAUAUUUUACGUGAACAUAAAUUCUUAUAUGAUUCAACAUUAAUAACACAAGAAUGGGAUGUACCAUAUUAUCAACAACAACAACCAUCACCAUUAACAUGGCCACAUACAAUGGAUUUUGCAGCUAAUUAUGAUUGUUCACAAGGUUGUUAUAAACAAUCAUUUCCUGGACUUUGGACAAUACCAAUUCAUAUGUAUCAAGAUUUAAAAGGAAACAAUUGUACAACAAUUGGUAGUAGUCAUUGUCGUAUAUCACGUACAAAGGAUAAAUUUUUUCAAUAUCUUAAAUAUAAUUUUAAUCGUCAUUUACAUUCAAAUCAUGCACCAUUUAUAAUGGCAUUUGAUAAUUAUUGGUUAAAUGAACCAUAUUCAUUAUGGAGAAUAGAAGGAUUAAAAUUAUUUAUUGAACAUAUAUUACGAUAUCAUUUUAAUGAUGUUUAUUUUGUACGUAUUAUUGAUAUUAUUAAUUGGAUGAAACAACCAGUUGGACUUGAACAAAUGAAAGAAAAUUAUUUAUCAAAUAUAGAAAUAAAAUCAAUUUGUAAUAAACAAAUUAAUAUUGAUAAUGAUCAAGAAUGUUUUAAUGAAAAACAAAUUGAAAGUUCAAAAUCUAAUAUGAUAACAAAUAAUCGAUCAUUAUUAAUCUUAUUUAAUACUAUUUCAGAACCAUUAUUUCGUUCAAAUAUUGUUUUUUAUUCAACAAUUAGUUGUUGUAGUUUUAUUAUUUUAACUUUUCUCUAUGAUCGAUUUUUUAUUUCUUAG